AUGGCCACUCUCAACCUGGAAGACGACGAGCUCAAGGCUCUUGAACAGACGUUGAGUAAGGUGGCGCAACUAUCGAGUAGUAUCCAGAGCUUCAGGCAAGAUCUUGUCAAGAGCAAUCCUAUACCACCGCCGAAAUCAAUCCAAGCGUCGGCAAAAAUUCUACAAAAGAACCUCAGAUCCCUUCUCGAGAGCACAAACGAAAACGCAGACCUCUUCAACCGCAUGGCCAUUCAUCCUUCGACCAACUAUCCCGGCCGCGUCCACGAAAAUGUUCUUCUUCAGCUCCUCCGCAAGAAGCUCGAGCCCGACGUUGAAGAGCUCGUCAGUCAAGGCAUCGAAACAGCUCGUCUCGCCACACCAGCUGGUCUGGAAUCUCUAGAAAGCAUAUGGAAGGAACUGCGGGCCUGGCUCAUGGAACGGGUGGGUUACUUCGCUACCAACGAGAACAACGAUCCCUACACAGCAGAAGAGCGCGCAAACGGAACAGAGAACGUGCGCACUGGUCUACGGAGAGACAUCGAGGACGAUGAUGAUGAAGAGGACGAAGAAGAGGAAGAGGAAGAGCAACAGGAGCAGCCAGCUGCGGCCCCUGUGCAAGUCAGAGGGCCCGAACCGGAGACGUUGCUCUGGUUUGCGGCAAGAGGAGACUUUGAGGUCCCGCGCAAUGUCGAGUAUGAACGCAAAGAGGAUGCCUUCGCGGGUGUCUACGUCUACAAGGGACUUCAAGGUGUCGGUGUACCACCUACCGUCCAGUCGCCACUGCAGCAGGGCUCUGCUCCGUUGUAG